UUAGACAGGACCCUUCGGCAGAUGCGGUCCGCUUGCACCGGGUAGCAUAAGCGUUGAGGCGGAUCGACGAGAUGCUGGGACUUAUCGCUUUAGCGGCUUCGCUUACUUACGUAGCAGCGGCAUCGGCCGAAAUUCGGCGUAACUGUGAGCCCUGCGAUCCGAGCCUGUGCGAAGCCCUCUCGGCCGGAGGAUGCGAGUUUGGGAUAUUGUUGGACUCCUGCGGAUGCUGCUCCGCCUGCGCGGCCGGGGAGGGAGAGAAGUGCGCAGGACGCGGAUCCGCGCUCCCGCGAUGCGCGCCGGGGCUGGAGUGUAAGAAGAGCAAUAAGGGUAAAAGGAGCAAGCUGGGCGUGUGCGUGUGCAAGAGCAGCUACGAGGUGUGCGGCACCGACGGGGUCACCUAUAGCACCGGCUGCGAUUUAAAAGCUGCCAGUCUGAAAGCUCAGAGUGACAAGCUGCCCGAGAUCAAGGUGCAACAUAAAGGAAAAUGUUAUCAAGCUCCUGUCAUUGUGACGGCUCCGGGUGAGAUCUGGAAUGUUACUGGCUCACAGGUGUACCUGAGCUGCGAAGCCAUUGGUGUCCCAACUCCUGUCCUUACUUGGAAAAAGGUGUCUGUCAAUGGCGGGAAGGUGGAGAUGCUUCCAGGUGACCGGGAGAACCUGGCUGUCCAGACCAGGGGGGGGCCCGAAAAGCAUGAGGCCACCGGAUGGGUACUGGUUUCUCCGCUCACGCUGGCGGACGCCGGCUCGUACGAGUGCCACGCUGCCAACCCCAAAGGCGAGGCCUCGGCUACUGGCGCUGUCCAUGUGGUGAAGUCGUUGGAGGACAUCCCCACCGAGAAAGCUAAGGAUGACGAACUGUGAAACGGCAGGGAACGUGACCAUGGGUGGGGACAAGCGGCAGCCCUGCCCCCCACGCCGAGGACAGCGACCUACGCCUCUACUCACGCACAGCUUCUUGGUCGUCACAUCCCACGCUCACACACUCAGUCUGCAUCUCAGUCCGAUGCAAGGCCUGCUACUUCUGAACCAAACGCACAUUUUUAUCAUUUACUUAGUAGUUCUGUUAAUGCAGAUAUGUAUGCUGGGCAGAUGAUGAUCUGACUGGAUAAGGCAGAGGAAUGUCCGCACCAAGAACAGGGGCUUCUGCAAGUAGGGAUUUGUGUAGGAAUGUGCAGGAGUCCAGGUUUGAAAGGAGAACAGGUUUUCAGGUUGGUGGAUGAACCCCCCCUUUGCCUUUCAGUGCGGUGAGAAUUAAAUGGAUACACUGUAUGGAUGUAUACUGUAACCUGUAACGGAGGGAUGAAAUGGAUGCUUUUGUCAGUUUGGGUGGAUGUAGCUCAGAAAAUGUUAAUGGUGCUAUUAUGGCUUUUAUAACGGUCUGCAUGGCCCUUGUGGAAAGCAGAUCCUAUUUUACACAUUACCUUUAAUUUUCUUUAUUAAAACCACUUAAAUUACUACUUAUAUUUGCAACACUUGAAUAAAUAUGACCUACUAACGGAUAUACAGAGUAUUGCACACUGUAUAUUGCUUAACUAAUAAAAUGGACAACUGAACCUGA